CGAUAAAUGUAGUACACAUAUCGAAUCUUGUCAGUCGUAAUUAGUAGUCAUGGGGUCGAUGCACAUUUUAAUAACGCCCGUAAUUUUAUUAUCAAUUCAACGUGCUAAUAAUAUUUUGGUACGAUGCGAUUCAUUUGUAUUAGACCCAACAUACAUCGCCGCUCCAGCAAAUUUUGUCAAUAGACCGCCUAGACAAUUUCUGGAUAAUACUCAGUUUCCUGUUGUAAACAGGAAUUCUAUGGGAGUACCUCGCCAGGCUGUUCUUCAUACAAAUACGGCAGGAGCUCAACCCAAGCCAACUUCAAGAGAAAGAAAUUCCACACCUAAUAACUUGACAUUCUCGGAUUUGAUAAACGCCUUCAACGAAUUAGCUGAAAACGAAGAAACAGAACAUGCUCGUGCUUUUUCAAGAGAUUAUGAGUAUACACCUUAUGCCUAUCGGCCGCAACCAUAUGUCUAUCCACCACGACCAAACUAUGGACAAUCGGUUCCACCAGCCUAUACAUCACAGCACGAAGCAUCUUACCCCCUACCGUCACCACCACCAGCAGCGCCGUUGUCACAUCAUUCAUUAUCGAAGAUUUCGCUGUUAAAACCUGGUUUAGAUUUGGUGAAGCCAGUGACAGGGAAAGUGGCAAGUAAAGUAAGCGGAUUGGUUGGAUUAAUUUUAGGUUUACUGACAGGAUCCUCUGCGGACGAUACAGAACUGAAAGGUUUCAAGGAUAUAGUGAUAAAUGGUAUCGUUAAACCAUUACUACUGGCGAAAGGAGGAAUUAAGAUGUUGAUCAGUAAGUUAACCAUACCAUUAAUAGCGUUGUUGUUAAUAAAUUUGGAAGUUCUGGUAACCGUUUGGUGGUUAUGGGAAGACUGUCCAGCGCCUGUGCCUGUACCACCCCCAUAUCCCUAUCCAAAACCCGCGUAUAAGUAUAAUCAAUAUUACUAGGUUUAAAUCAUAAAAAAAAAUUAUAGAUUGUCUCCCUAAAAUGAUUUCUAUUAAAUUAAGCGUUUUUGGCAGCUUUUAAUUUGUAAUAUUCUUGUAAUUGGUGAUUUUUAUCAUAUCACAGCUGUCAUUUUUAUAUUUAUGUUAUAAUAUACUUUCAGAUUUUCUUUCAGUAUAAAAAACAAUGGCUUAGCCAACAGUUUGGUUGACCUCUUUUUGACAUUUAUCGCUCCAUCUAGAAAUAUAUGAUCUAUAAAUAUAUUUAAGUUGAAACAAAUGUGACCCAGUUUAUUAAUAGUAAUUGUAAGUGUAAUUUUCUUAUGUAUUGUAAGACUGAAUAUCUGUAUAUUGUUUUGUACAUUU